AUGGCAAACUUGAAUUUCCAACAAGCUCCUAGAAGCCUAGCAAGUGGCGGUGUCGGUGGCCGUGUUGGUUCAGGUUUGGUUGGAGGAGUAUCGGGACAUGUGACACCGACUUUUGGUGGCGCCCUGUCACCGGGACGGGGCUCCACUGCGAUGCCGGGGGGCGCACCACCCUCGAUGGCAUCUAGGUCUACGUUAUUUGGACAGCGAGCAUUUGCCGACCGUAGAGUACCUAUACCGACACCACUAUCACAAGCUAACUCAAAUUCUAUGUCAAGUAUGGCGAAUCUCUCCCGUUUUAAUGCGAACUAUCAUUCCGUGUUCGGCGAGGGCGGUGAUACUUCAACACCGCCGCUGCUUGACCUCAGCGAGUUUCCAUCACUGACGGCUCGGGGCGCCGGGGACCAAGCGCCCGCGGCUGCGCCCCCACCACCCGGCUCGAAGCCCUAUGUUGGUAUGGUCAAACAGCCAACGUCGGAGCAGUCUGAAUUUACUAUGUCUUCUGAAGACUUCCCUGCAUUACCCGGCACAUCGACGGGGGCUGCGCCUCCUGACAAGCCAACGGAUUACACCCAUACAGACAAACCUAGAAAAGGCAUACAAACCUCCCCUGACGUUAUCAGUCAAGGAGCUAACACGGAAUAUUAUGGCAAAGUAACAAAUAUACCAGAGACAAUGAUUCCCAAUCAGUUUGGGAUAGUGGGUCUAUUGACGUUUAUUAGGGCUGCUGAGUCGGACCCCAGUUUAGUAUCGCUGGCACUGGGUCAAGACCUCACAGCCCUAGGCCUCAAUCUCAACUCUCCGGACAAUCUAUACCUUACCUUCGCUGGACCAUGGGCUGACACGCCUUGCAGGCCACAAGAUAUGGAUUACCACGUGCCUCCAGAGUACCUGAUAAAUGGGUCUAUUAGAGAAAAGCUGGCACCCUUACGACUGAGUCGGUAUAAGGAAGACUUAUUAUUUUAUCUAUUCUACUGCUUCGUGGGCGAUGUACUUCAAAUUGCGGCAGCGGCGGAACUCUACAACCGCGAGUGGCGGUAUCACAUGGAAGAGAAGGUUUGGAUAUCUCAAGCGCCCGGCAUGCCGAUGGUAGAAAAAACAUCCACCUACGAACGCGGCACUUACUACUUCUUUGACGCGCACAAUUGGCGCAAGGUGGCGAAAGAAUUCCACUUAGACUACAGCAAGUUGGAGGGUCGGCCGCAAUUGCCGCCGCAUGUGCUCACGUAG